GCACUUUCACUUCAUUACUCCUGCACCUUUCAGCACACUUCCCUCCUCUGGACACCUUAUUCCUUCUUUUUUUGUAAUCAUUCAUAAGCAAAAAAGAGCCUUUGUUAUUAUUAUUAUUAUUAUUAUUAUUAUUAUUAUUAUUAUUAUUAUUUCUAUUUUUUUGUUUGUUUUGGGAGGGGGGCUUAUUUCUUUUCUUUUUUUGUUUUAAGAAAUAAAUCAUGACCUGAUCCUGAAUUGAUGGAGAAAUGAUGGCACGUCAGGAGUCGCUGCUACCCUGUUUUCUGUAUUCUAGUCGAUGAAGACUGUGUUUUUUUUCUCUCUCUCUCUUGAGAUCUGGACAAGAACCCAAGGCAACAUGGAGACAUUCACUAUACAUGACAUGCUCAUUAACAGCACGGACUUUUACAAAAUCUUGUGUGAAAUCGCCUUCAGAAACAUAUCCGAGUGCGAGAACACCAGCGACCCGGGCACAGCAGCGCCAGCGCCGGAGCCUAAAGACAUAAACCAGACGGUGCGGAUUAUUCUCUACUGUGUGAUCUUCCUGCUGAGUGUUCUGGGGAACAGCCUGAUCAUCGCAGUACUGGUGAGGAACCGGCGCAUGCGGACCGUCACCAACCUCUUCCUGCUCUCUUUAGCUGUCAGUGAUCUGAUGCUGUGCAUCUUCUGCAUGCCUUUCACCCUCAUUCCCAACCUGAUGAAAAACUUUGUCUUCGGGAGCGGCAUCUGCAAAGUGGCCACCUACUUCAUGGGUAUCUCAGUAAGCGUGUCCACCUUCAACCUGGUGGCCAUCUCUCUGGAGCGCUACAGCGCUAUCUGCAAUCCACUAACAUCACGCACAUGGCAGACCAAAUCGCAUGCCGCCAAGGUGAUCAGCGCCACAUGGCUGCUAUCCUUUCUGCUCAUGGUGCCAUACCCAAUCUCCAGCACGCUGGUGCCAUACCGCCGCAACAACAACAGCACGGGCAACAUGUGCCGCCACAUCUGGCCCAGCGACAUCAUCCAGCAGUCAUGGUACGUGUUCCUGUUAUUGAUCCUUAUCCUGGUGCCAGGAAUUGUGAUGAUGACAGCAUAUGGACUAAUCUCUGUCGAGCUGUACAGAGGAAUCAAGUUCGAGAUGGCUAACAGAAAGGCAAGCCAAGAGAGACAGAGCAGCACAGGAAGCCUGAAGCCCAGCGAGUGUGACGGCUGCUAUCUUCAAGCCUCCAAGAAGAAGCGCUCAGACGCAUCCACCAAUCAGCAGUCGGCACUUCUUGCUUCCAACAGCAAAACCAAGCUAAACCGUGUGUGCAGCAACAGCCCCACAGCCAACCUGAUGGCCAAGAAGCGUGUGAUCCGCAUGCUGUUGGUCAUCGUGGUGCUUUUCUUCCUCUGCUGGACGCCCGUGUUUGCGGCGAAUGCCUGGAGGGCAUUUGACAAACGCUCGGCUGACCGUCUACUCUCCGGAGCUCCCAUCUCCUUCAUCCACCUGCUCUCAUACACCUCUGCAUGCGUCAACCCAAUCAUCUACUGCUUCAUGAACAAGCGCUUUCGACAAGGCAUGCUAGCCACCUUCUCCUGCUGCACAGGACACGUAGACAGAGAGGGCCGGGGCAGCGGGCGCCUCAGCGCUGGAGGAGCAGGAGGAGGAUUAGGAGGAGGUGGUGCACUUGGAACUCUGGGAGGUGGAGGGAAGGAGAACACGCAGUCCAGCGGGAUGCUCACCAGGCUGACGUACAGCAGCAUCCGAGGGUCAGCACAAGCAUAACAAAGAGGUCUGUGCUCAGAGUUCAGAGAAUUUCACACUGCUGGAUUCCUUUAAUAAUCAUCUGCUCUCCUGUAAAGAUUCCAAAGAUUGGUACGUGCGGAAAAACAUUUGCCUACUGAUUUUUUUGUAAAGAGGAGCCUUUUUCUUUCUAACACUUUUAAUCCAGGCAGCUCAAUGGCAGUUUUUCGGAAAGGUUUUUCGAAAGACUACUCCCGAAACCCUAGAGCAUUAGCUGAGAACUAACCUGCUCACUGAUAAACGAGACAUAAUGUCUGCAUGCACUGCUGGACGGAUGUUCUUGUCCAGUGUUUAAAUUUGAAUUCAUGUCACUGGUGAGUAAACAGAUACAUCAAAUGGAGCAUGACUGUGCAUGGCUUGAGAGUCAUUCCAGUCUGCAUUAGGGCACUGACUCGUGUACGAGCCUUUUAUGAAACACAGGAGUUGACGGAUUGAUCCUGGUAUAUAUCCAGCUCUACGUGCUGAAAGAGAGCAGAGGAGGUUCAUUAAGGAUGAGGAAAUUUAUCUGUUCAUCAAUACGGUUUUAUCCUCUGUGUAGUUCAAUAGGUUUUGAAACCGCUCGUCUAGCAAAGAUGACAAGAUGUGGAAAAAAGUUUGCAGCUUAAUGGUACUUAUUUCCAGCGGAUGAAUAAAAUAAUUAACACUCUGAUAAAGCAACUCCAACCAGUUCUUUAUAUUGUUUCUUUCCCUUUGGAUAAUUUGCAGUCAGUCAUUUUCAAACUAGACAGAGAAAAAAAAAAAACAAUCCUGAUCAUUUCAUCUGAUUUAUUAUAGUAUUGCAGCAUUAAAUUUCCACCACUAGCUGUGUUUCAAGGUUUUGUGGCAAACGCCAGGCUUUACGAGGGACUGAGGUUGUCCAGAUGCUCAGAAAAAACACACAGCUAACACUUUCCGAGACUGUACAGACCUCCAGCAUAGCCGAACCUCGUGCAGUCGUUCAGAACGAUGCCAAACGAACAUACCCAGAAGUCAGUUUCAAGUUGUGUGUACAUAAUAUGAAUCACAUAUAACUUACUCCUUCGGGCCAUUUUUCAGAUAAAAAAAAAAAAACCCACACAAAUAUAAAUUAUGUUUGCAUCUGUUUAUAUGUAAAUACACUGAAUCAUCCUGGCAAGCCUGCAUACCUCUGUAGUUACAAUCGAUUGUCAUUGCCACACAAAUAUGUAGAAAUGUGUAAAUAUAGCUUUGGUCAAUUUCAUUGCUGGCGCUCUUUGUACAGCUUCUGUGCUCAUGGCGUAUGUCAGCACAACACGCUUUUUUCUUUUUUUGCCUCCCAAAGGUACACAGUAGAGUCUUUAUCCAAAUACUGUGUGUUCUUUCAACCUGUACUGAUUGUACUUUUUAUUUGAUCUGCCGCUCUCUCGCUUUCUUAUCUUCCCAUGAGACUUUUCUCACCUGUCAGCGACACGAAAAGCAUCAAGCCAAGUCCUGUCACUCACACCU